CAGUGAACCGGAUGUGGCGUUUAUUUUGGCUGAGGGUUGCCAAAACUCGGCGGACAGACAGCGCCGCGCAUAAGCUCAUUAACAGCGUAGCAAUGGCCGGAGAGGCCGGGGAGGAAAUACCUGAUUCAGGGGCUGUCUUCACAUUUGGCAAGAGUAAAUUUGCAGACAAUGCCCCCAGCAAAUUUUGGUUGAAAAAUGAUGUCCCUUCGAAGAUAGCAUGUGGAGAUGAGCACACGGCACUCAUUACAGAGAAUGGAAAGCUGUUCAUGUUUGGCAGUAAUAACUGGGGGCAGUUAGGUCUUGGAACAAAGACCAGUGUAAAUAAACCUACAUGUGUGAAAGCUUUGAAAUCUGAAAAAGUAAAACUUGUUGCUUGUGGAAGGACUCAUACGCUUGUUUACACAUCAUGUGGUAACCUGUAUGCGGCUGGUGGGAAUAAUGAAGGCCAGCUUGGUCUUGGAGACUACGAGGAGAGAGCCUCAUUCCAGCUGGUUGAUUUCUUCACGAAACAUGGUCCAAUCAAAAUGCUUGCUGCAGGUUCCAACACGUCAGCUGCCCUUAUGCAGGAUGGAAAGCUGUAUGUGUGGGGUGAUAACUCUGAAGGCCAGAUUGGUUUGGGUAAGGAGGCUGGUGCUGUGACUCCUCGGGAGCUUUCUGUCGGGAGACGAGUGGCUUGGGUUUCCUGUGGCUAUUACCACUCUGCCUUUGUUACAGUGGAUGGGGCCUUGUUCACAUUUGGAGAGAGGGACUGUGGAAAGCUGGGACUGUCCCCAGCUCAGCUGCCCAAUCACAAAGUGCCUCAGCACGUAGAGGGCAUUUCUGAAAGGGUGCUACAGGUGGCCUGUGGUGGAGGACACACAGUGGCUUUCACUGAGAAUUAUCUAUAUUCAUUUGGCCUGGGUCAGUUUGGCCAACUAGGUCAUGGCACCUUCAUCUUCGAGUCUCGUUUGGCCAGAGUGGUGGAGCACUUCCGCAAGGGGAGAGUAAAACACAUAGCAUGUGGAGAAAAUCAUACAGCAGUUCUUACAGUUAGUGGCCUUCUGUACACAUUUGGUGAUGGCCGUCAUGGAAAGCUGGGUCUAGGAGAGGAGAAUUUCACCAACCAGUUCAAACCAACUUUAUGUCCACGAUUCCUCAAAUAUAGUGUGGAGUCUGUUACAUGUGGCGGAUGUCACAUGCUGGUGUUGGCCAAACCUCGGAUCAAAGGGUCAGAAGACGUGAUUCUAGAGGAUGACGAUAUCACUGAGGACUAUCUUGAGAAGUCGUACACAGAACUGCUUGGAGAGACAGUCACUCAGACCAACCUGAAUAGAAGCUUUUCAGCCCGUGUCAGACGCCGAGAAAGGGAGCGUUCUCCAGAACAAUUUAGAAUGAUGUUCCGGACUCUUCCACCUCUUAGUUCAGGUUACCUCAGUGCAUCUCUACCUGUGUCUAGUCAGACCUUGCCCCCACGAUUGCCCCCCACGGAGUUACACAGCAAGAGGGACUCCAAUGGCCUUCAGAGAAGUGGCCUUCACCACAGCACUGGCAAGGUGAUGAAAGAGCAAGAAGUUGAUGGGAAAAGUUCUGCAGUUGAAAACAGUGAGGACAGUGAAAGUGUGAAGGAUUUGGGAGAAACCACUGACUUAUUAAAUUUAACUCAUGUAAUAAAGAUGGAUCCUGGUGAGAAGAGUCUUACAUUGUCUCCUGUUCAGAAGAAGGUUAAGGUUGUGAAAAGGCACGGUAAGGAGGUGGGACAGCCUGCACAACACCCUGCUCGCUCUACUAGGCAUAAAGCCCUGCCCACUGAAUUACUGAGAAGCCCUAGUGGCAAGUCACUGCUUGGGGAUUCUCCACUUUCCAGAAGCUCCUAUCAAAGUUCCCAGAGCUGGGGCAGUGAUAAGGAGAAUGCACUGAUAGCUUUGAAGGAAACCAGGCCCACAAGGCUCAGAGCAGAGAGCAGUAGAGCUAAGAAAGAGACCCAGCCAAUGAGCCUGGCUGAUAUUAGCAGAGCUAAGUCUCUGCCUCGCACACCCAUACACACAGCAGGGCCAAGCCAACUAAUGGAGAUUGGAGGUAAAAGUAAAUCUACUAAACAGCCUAAAGGAAAAGCCCAGCCAAGUCAAGAAGACCUAAGCAAGCCUGCGACUAAACCUCAUUCUGCUGAAGUGAAUCGUUCAGAGAUAGACUUUGACACUAAGGCUGGUAAACCAAGGGGAAAAGCUAAAUUCGCAAGCCAAGGGGAUUCAGGCAAAGUAGGAUCCAAAACUCACCAGGAAUCAGACUCCAAAAGGCAGCAAACAAACUAUGAGGAGAAAGAAAAUGUGGUGAGGAAGAAGCCUAAAGAAGAUCAAGCAGGUAAAGAGAUACCUAGAGAGGUUGCUGCUAAAAUCACACAGGCAAAACACAUACCUGUAGAGGCUAAAAGCAAGAUAUCAAAGGUGAAAAGUAAGCCAGUAAUUGUGCAAAGCAAAUCACCAGACACUGCUGAGUCCGACUCAAAGUCAGGAUCAAAAAAGUAUGACAAAAGAGAUGUAAGGACAGGGGACGUCAGCACUAGAAACAAACAUCAUAUUCAAGCACAGGAUCCUACUAAGAAGACCAAACCUGACCCAAGCCUUUUGCUUUCUAAGGGAAACAGGAAAACACAAAAGACAACCAAAGCACAAUCCAUGGACCCUGUAUCAGUAGCCAAUGCAACCAAGAGCACAAAGUCAGAAUCAGAAUUACAAUCAGAGACCAUGCGGCAAAACCUUCUCACGGGGGUAACCUCAUUUAUUCAAGAUGUUAGACCGGAGAGUCCUGUGCGUCUUCUGAGAGAGGUGACCACUAGCCAGGUCGUGUCCCGAGCAACAGCUAGCAGCUCCUCACAGUCUGCACCACAAACUAAAUCAGGCAGGACAAGAACAAAUACACUUGCUGAACGAACUCUCUCAGAUGCCUCAUCCAUCACUGACACUUCAGAAGCUGCAGAGGAGGGACCAAGCAAAAGAACAUCAGCUACAAUAAACGUAAUGCCUGAACCUGGACCUUCAAGUGAGGAGACCCCGAAGUUCCAGUCUGGAGCCAAGUUAUCAGAGGAGGAGAAAAGUGACAGAACUGAGAGAGAAUGUGAGGAAUCAGGAGGUGAGAGUGGUCAGAUAUCACAGGUGGAGGAGGCGGAGGAAGGGAGUAGGGAGAUGACAGAAUGUGAGGGAUUGAUAAAGGGAGGGGGGGAAAGUAGCAGUGCUGAAUACGAUGAGGAAGAGAGUAAGACGGGUGAUUUGUCAAACAAUAGUGAAAGUGAUGAGGAAGAAAAUGACACGUCGAGCAAUAAUGUGGAAAGCGAGGGAGAGAGAAAGGAGGAGGAAAGUGAAACCGAGAGAGAGCAAGCAGAGAGCGAGGCAGAGUCUGAUGAAGAAAGGAGUAGUAGUGUGGUGGAGAAAGGAGAGGAAGAAGAAAUGAGUGAGAUAAAUAGAAAAGAGAAAGAGAGUGAGGAUGAGGAGCAAGAAGAGGAUGAAAGCAGAGUGAGUGAGGUCGAAGAAAAAGAGAGCAGUAAAGAAUCGGGUGAAGAGGGAGAGGAAGAAGAAUCAGAAGAAAAAGAGAGCGAAGAUGAGCAGGAAAGUGCCAAAUCAGAAAGUGACAGUGAAGCUGAGGAGGAUAGCAGAAAGGAGAGUGAGAGUGGAGAGGAAGAAGGAGAAGAUGAUGAAGAAGAAAAUAGUAUUUCUGAAGAGCAGGAGGGGUCAGAGGGGAAAGAGAAGAGUAAGGCAGAAGAUGAGGAAGAGUGGGAUGAAAUGGAGAGUGGAAAUGAAAGUGAGGGAGAAGAGAGUGGGGCAGGAGAGGAGGAGAAUGAGGAUAGUGAAGCAGGUGAAGAGGAAGAAGCAGAGGAGGAAAAAGAUGAAGAAGAAGGAGAGAAAGAUGAUAGUGAAGCAGAGAAGGAAGAAGAUGAAGAUGAGGGAGUAGAGGACAGUGAAGCAGAGAAGGAAGACAAUGAGGAUGAGGGAGCAGAAGAAGAUAGUGAAGCAGAGAAGGAAGAUGACGAUGAGGGAGCAAAAGAAGACAGUGAAGCAGAGAAGCAAGACGAUGAAGAUGAGGGAGCAGAAGAAGAUAGUGAAGCAGAGAAGGAACAAGAUGAUGAAGAUGAGGGAUCAGAAGAAGACAGUGAAGCAGAGAAGGAAGACGAUGAAGAUGAGGGAGCAGAAGAAGAUAGUGAAGCAGAGAAGAAACAAGAUGAAGUGGAAGAAAACAGUGAAACAGAAAAGGAAGAAGAUGAGGAAGCAGAAGAAGAUCAAGAAUCUGAGAAUGAGGAGGAGGAGGAAGAAGCAGAUGAAGGAGCUGAAGAAGUAGAGAAGGAGGAGGAAAGUGGCGAAGAACAUGAGGAAGAAGAGGAUGAAGCAGAAAAUGAGGAGGAGGAAGAAGAGGACCAACAAGACGAAGAGGAGAGAGAGCAAGACGAUGAAGAAGCAAGAGAAGAGGAAGAGGAAAAGGAAAGAGAGAACUUUUUCUCAUGUAUUGUGUGUGUGAUAACUCCUCAGUACCUUUCUCACUCGUUUCCUCUUCGCCUUAACUCCUGCCUCCACUUUUUUCCUUUUUCACGGAAUCAUUUAUUAUAUUCUCAGUUGUGUCUUGUUCAAACAAAAGCUCUGAUGUCUGUCUUUUGUUUGUUCUUCCUGUAUGAUCUUCUGCAGGAUUAUAGCCACAGAACCAUAGAGCUCAGCGAUGAUGAGACAAAUGGAGAGGAAGCUCAAACAGAAGAUGAGGAGGAGGAGGAGGAGGAUGAUGAUGAUGAAGAGGAGGAGGAGAGGGAAAAAUGUGAAAAGGAAAAAGAUGGAGAAGAGCUUGUGGAACAAGUAGAGCAGCAAGAGAUCAAAACAACCCAAGCAAUGCCUCAGGAAAAGGAAGAUGUUAAAGAGGCUACUGUUCCUGAUGGACCAAUAAAAGAUUCUGGACAUAAAGACACUUCCAGUCCACUUAUAGAGGAGAAGUCGCAAUCCCAAAAUGAAGCCAAGCAGAACAAACCAAAAAAUCUCUUUGGAUCUAACAGCAAGCUCUCUCUGUUCAAGCGGAGGUCUUCCACCAAAGACAAGCAGACUAAGGAGAAAGCAGAAGCCCCAGCGGAGAGCACUACAUCAGCCAAGCCUUCCAGCGAAACCCCCUCAGGCAGUUCAGACAGUGGAGAUCCAGGGAAGAGCCCCAGUGUUGAAGACCCCAACCCCCGGCCCCUCCGGUCCCGUUCAGCCACGUGCAGUCUGCUGUGAUUGCUUCAGUGGACCCAUUAGACCAGCAUUUUCAGACCCUUUCUCAAGGACAUGUCCCCUGCAGUUUAGUGUUUCCCUGAUCUGUCACAUUCAGAUUAAGUACACAAAAGGAUCCGUGGCUGGUGCAUUAGAGCAGGAAAAACCUGGAUUCCAGCAGUGCCCUCAGGACUAAUGCUAGGAAUUUCUGUUCUUAGCAAUAAAAGACAAAGACAAUCUGUAAACGCUAACCUUGUACCAACGCAGAGUCACAAGUUAAUUAGGUACAUCUACUUGUUUCUACAUUCACUGGCAGUUCUAUCAUUUACACUUAUCUGUUAGGUGUACAGUUAUGGACUGUACGGGCCAUCACUCACUAGAUAACAUGUAAAUGAAAGACCAUUUUUAGCACAGCAUUGACACCAGCAUGGUAGUGGCAUGCUAGCAGUAUUUCUGUUUUUUUUUUAAAACUGUACACUUCCUGGCCCCUUUUUAGACACACAUGCUUGUUGGUACAGCCUGUAGGUGAACAGUUGUAGACUGUAGCCUAGACUGUAGCCCAGGGGUGGCGAAAUGCAGUCCUGAAGAGUCAGUGUCCAGCACUGUUUGGUAAUUUUUCCUGCUCAAAACACAUAAAUUAAACCAAGAAAUUAAUACCUGAAAAAAUUCAAGUGCGUUUGAGUAGGAAAAUCACCAAACUCUGCUGGACUCCGGCCCUCCAGGACUGGAGUUUGCCACUCCUGGGGGGGGGGCAUUUUGUAUGUAGGUUGGAACUUCAGGAGGAGCAUUGGUGACCACUACACUAGUCAACAUUGUAACACACAGUAAUAUACCAUUACUAUAUUGGUGUCAAUACUAUGCUGAUAAUGGCCCACCACCAAAAUAAUGGUAUGUCAGUGGUGGUACUUUGGUGGUCCGUUCGUUUCCAUUGGUAGCGUGCAGUUGACUCAAACAAUGUGCAGAAACAGAUGGGUAACAGUCAGUAAACGUAACCUACAAAUUGCACCUGUACAGACAUAGCUUGUGGGUUUAGCUGGGGUGUCCACAUUUUGGUUUUCAAAACAGAGGACACUGGGGGCAGGAGGGUGGCAGAGAGCAGACUGCAGAAAGCAAAUGUCAACAUGAAAACAAAGCCAAAUCCUGGAAGUUAGACAGUUUAGAAAUCCUGACCAGACGUGUGUUUAGGUGCAAAAAAGAAAACAUGUCCUGGACAAAAACGAUGUAUGGUCACCAUAGUUUGCCCAGAAGGAAAAUGUAGCUAAUAUAUGGUCAACUUGUAUGAUAUCCAAAUGACAGCCUCUAGCGGCAGGGGCUUGACUCCUGGAAUAGCAGUGACAGCCAUAAUGUGCCUUGCAAACACUAUACAACCAUUGAGGUUUUGCUCAGUUGGGAUAUUUUCCAAGGCACUUCAUGGGGCCAUUUGAAUUUUGGUACUAUGUUUCAUUUCUUGUGUGUGUGUGUGUGUGUGUGUGUGUGUGUGUGUGUGUGUGUUUUAAUCACAAUUUCUUUCAUACGGUUUGCUUUUUGUCAUAACGUGUAUGUUAGAUAGUGAUUUGACUGUUUGUAUGAUGUGCAUCAUAUAAUGUAAAAAUGUGUUUUAAAGUAAUUAUUUAUUUAUGCUUAGUCCAGUUUUCUUCGAGACCCUUGCCUAGUAGGGUAACAUAACAUUUGUAUUCGAUUGCCAGUGGGAAUUUUCUUAUAUUCUUUUACAUGUUGGAUUGAGUGUGUAAUGAGUAAAAUUAAUUCUACGUC